AUGUCCGUCGCAGAACUAAACCGCAAAUACUUCGACACUAUAUCUGACUCCUAUGACACCAAACCCUGGUUCGCAACAGUCAACACCCAAGUCGCCAACGAGCUACGCUCCCGCCUCUCCUGGAUUGGGAUCCCUUUCGCCAACACCGGCUCUGCCUCUAACGCUCCUGACGCCUCUGACGCCUCUGACACCUCUGAGGUACGCCUUCUGGACUACGCAUGCGGCACUGGACUCAUGACCCGCAUAUUCAGCCCCUACGUGACCAAGACUUUGGGCAUCGACAUAUCCCCCAACAUGGUCUCAACCUACAAAUCUCGCGCUGCUAGCGCCGGCCUCCCUCCAUCAACCGUCGACGCUGUCGUCGGCGAUCUGUUCAAUAAGUCGAAUCCUCGUCCUGAAGAACUUAACGGAAAGGAGUGGUGGGACUUCGACAUCGCGACUGUGGGGUUCGGAUUCCAUCAUUUUGAAGACGUGGUGCAUGCUGCGAGGCAAUUGAAGGAGCGACUACGACCAGGCGGUGCGCUGGUGAUCAACGAAUUUCUUGAGGGUGGUGAUUUACUCGCAGACGAGAACGGGCAUAUGGUUGAGGGGAGCGAGGGUAAUCAUGCUGUGCAUAAGCAUGGCCAUGGUCAUGGUCACCAUGGACAUGGGCAUAAGCACGAACAGGAACACUCCGAUGACAAAGCACACCAUGUUCAUAACCACUCCCACUCUCACAGCGGCAAGCAUGAGCACACCGACAAGCACCACACAAGCAAAGAAGGCGACUUCACGAACCCGGAUCCCGAAUUGCGCAAGAAGAUGAAUGACUCAAUCGUAGUCCCGCACUUCACCAUUGACGGAGUGAAGGAGUUCUUCACAGCAGCGGGGUUUGUACAUGUCGACGUUAUCACGCUGAAGGAGCGGUCGUACAUGGAGUUCGGCGGGAAGAAGAUGUGGCGCACCAUAUUGAUUGCGAAGGGGAUGAGGCCGGAGAAGGAGGGUGAGGUGGGAUACGAGAGUGGUCGCAAGGAGUGUUGA